GCUAGGGACUUCGCUUUCGUUCCUUGUGAGGUGUCCCUCUACUUAAUUCAUUCUGACUACAAGUUUGGAAAAUGAACCUUCCCCUCACCGCCCCAGCGGUUUGCUUCAAUGGGUAGCUCUGUUCUGUAAGAAGGCCUGUCUCCCGAGGUUGCUGUGCUACUGCCUGGCAAAGCACUCUCUGCUCGAUCGUCAGGUGCCCCUGGUCAUGCAGUCCUCACCCCUCCAUCAAAACGACUUUACUGUCUGAUCUCAUGCGCUGCGAAGCAUACCAGAGUAGAAGCAUUUGUAACUUGCCAUUGCUUUGUGUAACGCUCAUGUCUUCCUGUUCAAUGUGUAACUUUAACUGCCUAUCGAAAGACUGACCCACCCACUGUGUUCAAUAUUAAGUACGGUAACGCACAAACUACUCGUCAACAUGAAAGACUGCAACAAGAGUGAAGAGGAAGAUCCGUUUCAACCAAGCGCCCCCAUCUCAACGGGUACACUCCCCAGAUGGGCACGACGACAUCAUCACCAACAUCUACCCCACCACCAUCAUCACACCCACACCGUCGAGUUCGACGACAACGAUGCCUCUCCGUCCGCGCCGCCGCUCAACCUCAUGGACCAGGUGUUCGGGUACGAGAGCGUGUCCUUCGACGCCGUGAACGUGCCCCCUCCUGAGGACCCUCCACCCCGCAGCCCGGGUGAGUCCGGCUCCCCGGGGCCGUCCGGAGCGGGGCCUUCCGGCGAUGGCGAGGACGCGGCCGCCAGGGAGGCCCGCGAGGCCAGGGAGGCGGCGCGGGGCCGCUGGGGGACCACCUUGUCGGAGCAGGAGGCCCGCACCGCGCUCCUGGCGCACGUCAAGAGGCACUGUUGUUACGGCGCCUCCGCCGCCCGCAACAUGGCCAUCACCGCCCUGGACCACGCCUCGGCGCUGCAGUAUUCGCUGGAGACGUUCACGGAGAGGCGCGAGACCGCCUGGUCCUUCAGCCCGUACCUCGGGGAGGAGGUGGACGGCGCCGACAACGGCCCCGCCCCGCUGCCGUGGCAGCUGGAGGUGCACCCCAGCCAGCCCUUCACCUCGGAAGUCAAGUGCCAGCCCGUGCCGCACACCUCGUCCGUCAAGCAGUGCCACCGCUGCAAGGGCAGCGGCUCCACGCUCUGCGUGGACUGCCACGGCAAGGGAUGGGUACACUGCAUUUCAUGCCACGGGAAUGGAUACGACACUGAUGCAUCCGGAUACAAAGAACGCUGCUUCUACUGCCAUUCCUCGAUUCACGGGCGGGGGCGACAGGACUGCGUCAAGUGCAGUGCCAAGGGGAAGAUGACUUGUCCGACGUGCGAAGGAGGGGGACUGCUUCUGUGCUUUAUUCAGCUCACUGUUACAUGGCGGGUGAAUGUGUCGGAGCACAUAGUGGACAGGAUGUCUGUGCCAGAAGACCUUGUGCGGAAUGUCACUGGAGCCAUAGCAUUUGUCGAAGAGGGCCCCAGAGUUCUGCCGAUUGCACAUUUUCCUGAUGAAACCAUCAAUAUGGCCUCUGCGCAGCUUUUGAGGGAUCAUGAACGAGAUUUCAGCUCUCAACGUAUUCUAGCACAGCGUCACCAGGUGCAAGUUAUACCUGUGACUGGGGCAACAUAUAAGUGGAAAAGCAGCAAAGGAGAGUUCUAUGUUUAUGGCAAUGAACAUAAAGUGUAUGCUCCUGACUACCCACAAACCUGUUGUUGUGGAUGUUCAAUUUUAUGAUCAUUGUGAAGAUGUUCCCUCUUGCCAUUAUUAUUAUUAUUAUUAUUUACACAAACUAUUGUUGAAAGCAACCUGAAGUGUUUUCUAAUUCAUAAUUUUCAUUGUGAUUGAUUUGUUGUUUAAAAUUAAGUUUCUAAAUGUACUGUGAAAGUUAUUUGAUAUGUAACGAAGUAUCUGUCAUACCAGAGAGAAAGAAAGAAAAAAUGACCAGUCCAAAAAGGUUCAAGUGGGUCGGGUCAGCCUGUUAUAUUGAAGCUGUUUACUGAUUCAGCUUUCCAAAUUAGAUUAUAUUUUUUUCAAACUUGUUCUUUACUUUAUAGAUAUAUUCUGAAACACAGUUACUAUAUUUGCUAAUUGUUCACAGUUUGUUGUUCUGCUGGAAGCUUCUUUUGUGCUAGCUAAUGUUCGUUUUCAUUCUAAGCUACUGCUUUCACUGUUUUUCAAUCAAUUCCCAAUUAAGUGCUUACUCUUAACAAAUGUAUGUGUUUCUCCCCUGUA